AUGCCCAUAUAUAGCAAUGAUCCCGCCCACGAGCGUGAGAAAGCGCUUCCUAUUGGUUCCCUCCGCGAGGCCCCGCCCCUCCGCUCCCACAUGAAUGAACGGCGGGUGGGCGGAGCCAGCGCGGCAGCACCGCGCAUGCGCAGCCGGCUCCGGGCGGCAGCGCCACCGGCGACAGCGACCAGCGGGACGGGGUGGCCGCCAUGUACCGGCACGUCACCGCCACCGUCACCGCCGCCGUCCGCCUCCGGCCCGGCCGCGCCUGGGCCCCGGCAGCGGCUGCAGCGCCCGGGUCGGUCCCGCCGCGCCGCCGCUACCGAGCGCGGCCGCAGGACCUGGAGCCCCCCCUGGGACCCUGCCCCACGCUGGCCCUGCUGCCCCCCCCCUCGCUGUCCCCAGCCCCGGCCCCCCUGGAGCCCUCCCCGGGGGCUGGAGGGGCUCGGGGGUCCGGUCACCACGGUGGACGGGCGGCGUGAGGACGACAUCGAUGUCAGGGACCCCCCCCGGCUGCUGCUGGGACCUCCCCCGGGACCCUCCCCGGACACCCCCGGGACCCCUCCGGGACCCCGGGCCAACCCCCCCUCCAUGGAGGAGCACCUGGCCACCAUGCACGAGAAACUGCGGCACGAGCUCCCAAAUUUCUUCCUGAAGAUCCCGGAUUAUUCCCUGUACGCCCCCGACGUGGAGUUCCAGUUCCAGCACUUUCACCUGCACACGCGGGGCCGUCCCAUGUACGCGGUGGCCGUGGCUCUGUGCAGGGCGCUGGCCUGGGGUUACUUUGCCAGCCUGAGGCUGGAGGUGCUGGCGCUGACGCGGCACCCCGAGGACUGGAGCGUGCGGGCGCGGUGGCGCCUGACGGGGCUGCCCCUGCACCUGCUGCUGCUGCGCUGGUACAGGAGGGACAAACGGACCCUGCUCAGGUCCUACGACGCCAUCUCCACCUUCUUCCUCAACUCCCAGGGCCUCAUCCGCUGCCACCGCGUGGACAAGCUGAUGCCAGCCCCCACGGCCGUCCCCGAGCCCAAGAAGCUGCUGGUGGCCUCGGCGCUGGCCCUGGCGCUGAGCCGGCCCUGAGGUGACACCUGAGGUGACACCUGAGUGUCCCUCGUGUCCCCUCCCCCUGUCCCCUCCCCCCCCCUUAAGUUAAUGUACAGAAUAAAGGACGA